GCAGCUCGGCCGAGCUCGCGCCAGCAGUUACCGGGCUGUGGCGGCAUGGAGGCACGCUUCACGCGCGGGAAGUCGGCGCUGCUGGAGCGUGCGCUGGCAAGGCCGCGCACCGAAGUGAGCCUGAGCGCCUUCGCUCUGCUCUUCUCUGAGCUGGUGCAGCACUGCCAGAGCCGCGUCUUCUCGGUGGCCGAGCUGCAGGCGCGCCUGGCGGCGCUGGGCCGCCAGGUGGGCGCGCGCGUGCUGGACGCACUGGUGGCCCGCGAAAAAGGUGCCCGACGUGAGACCAAGGUGCUGGGCGCGCUGCUUUUUGUCAAGGGUGCUGUGUGGAAGGCACUCUUCGGCAAGGAGGCAGACAAGCUGGAGCAGGCUAACGACGAUGCACGCACCUUCUACAUCAUUGAGCGCGAGCCGCUCAUCAACACCUACAUCUCUGUGCCCAAGGAGAACAGCACACUCAACUGCGCCAGCUUCACCGCCGGCAUCGUGGAGGCGGUACUCACGCACAGUGGCUUCCCCGCCAAGGUCACGGCGCACUGGCACAAAGGCACCACGCUCAUGAUCAAGUUCGAGGAGGCGGUCAUCGCCCGUGACCGGGCCCUGGAGGGCCGCUGACCCCGCUGGAGAUAAAGGAUGCAGAGCCCCCUUCCCCAGUGUCUCGUGUCUUGUGUGGGGGCUUCAGAGAUUGCUCAGAGCACCUUGCCCAGUUCUGGCCCCAGGCUGGUGAGGGAGGCCAAGGCCCAAACAUGUUUAUAGUACAAUGGGUAGGGGUGGAGUCUGGCCCACCUUGGGCUUUGAGAUAGGGUUGGGGCUUGGUGGGACCAGGGGCCGGCAGCGGGGGUGGGGGUGGGGGUGGGUAGCGGUGGUGCACGCUGCCCGGCUGGUUGGGGGUUGGGGGAAUGCUGGCACAUUUUGGAAUCACAGUUGGAAGCUGCCUGCAGGCUGGAGAGAUGAUGGGUGGGGCAGGUGGGAAUUGGGCUGAGAGACUCCUGUAGAACAGGGGUCAGAAAAUUUUUCUGUAAAGGAUCAGAUUAAAAAAAAAAAAAAACAAA